GUUAGUUUUCCUCUCUGCUCCUCUCAGUGCCUUCGGCUGCCCGUAUUCAGAGAUGAACAUGAAGAAGGAGGUGGUUCUGCCGGAUCGACUCGGCGGAGAGAAGCAGAUCACAUUCGUCCCUGUGCACUUCGUCCAGAAGACCAAACGCCUGUGUCCAGACGAGGAGGAGGAGGAGGAGGACGAGCAGGAGGACGAGGAGCAUGUGGAGAACAGAAUGGUUGUGUCUCCAUAUGAAGCUGCUCCUCGUCUGCGUGGUCGGCCGUCGCUACUCAAGAGAGACCUGAAGGACGAGUCUCUGAAAACACUCGUCAAGAGAGGACGACUAACCAGCAGGUGUGUGUGUGUGUGUGUAUGUGCUGUUGUGUUCCUGAAGGUGAUUGGCUUCCGUCUGCGUCUGCAUAUCGAUGGUUACUCCGAGUGCUAUGACUUCUGGGCAAACGCAGACUCUCCUGACCUCAAACCGGCCGGCUGGUGCGAGUCCACAGGACACAAGCUUCAUCCACCCAAAGGAUACAAGCCUAAUGAGUUUGAGUGGGAGAAAUAUCUGGAGGCCUGCAAUGCUCAAGCUGCACCAAAGAACCUCUUCAAAACCCAAAGCGGCGCAUCCAGCGAGUCGAUGUUUGCGGUGGGCAUGAAGCUGGAGGCGGUGGACCGUAAAAACCCCUGUCUGGUGUGUGUGGCCUCCAUCGCAGACAUCGUGGACAGCAGAUUCCUCGUACACUUCGACAACUGGGACGACACCUACGACUACUGGUGUGAUGCGAGCAGUCCUCAUAUUCACCCGGUUGGCUGGUGUCAGGACCAUGGCCGGCCGCUCACUGCACCUCAGGGACACCCGAAUCCAGAGCAUUUUAUCUGGGAGGAUUAUAUGAGAGACAGCGGUGCGUCUGCAGCUCCAGCUGAGUCUUUCAGCGAGAUAUCAGCUCACGGUUUCCAGACGCUCCAGAAGCUGGAGGCGGUGGACAGAAGAAACCCGAUGCUGAUCCGCGUGGCCACCAUCACCGACACAGAAGACCACCGAGUCAAAGUUCAUUUUGACGGCUGGCAUGAGAAGUUUGAUUUCUGGGUGGAUUCAGAUCUGCCGGACCUUCAUCCUGUGGGCUGGUGCUCCAGGACGGGUCAUCCACUCGAACCACCGCCAAGUGAGUGUGUGUGUGUGUGUGUGUGUGUGUGUGUGUGUGUGUGUGUGUGUGUGAGAGAGAGAGAGAGAGCAAGGCUUUUAAAUGAAGGUCGUCCUUCAGCACAGACUCAUAUUAAACAUCUGUCCUCUCAUUAUUCACACCCGCAUCACUGAAAACACUAAACACUAAAAAUUGCACCUUCA